AUGCUGGGAUCAGGGCGCGGCAGCGGACCGUAUCUUACUGGUGACGACGACCCGGGACGCGGAAGUAGGCACCGCCAGGCACCACCAUUCUCUGUCUCCUUUGCUGGGGCGAGAGAUUUGGAGGACAAACCUCCGUCCCCGUCACCACUACCGCCGGCGCCGCUCGGUACCCCCGUCUCUGCCCUUCUGGUGGCCCCCAGAGAGGUUCUGACGCCAUUGUCGAUGCUGUUGAUCGUUGCCGCGGAUGUUGGAAUCCACCAGAUUGUCGGUCGGCUUGGGUGGUCGUUUCCUUCGAACGUCGCUGGCAUGGUGGGGCUGUUUGCAGGUGUGAAGCUUUUGGACGCUAGGAGGGGGGGGCGUAGAGAGACGAAAAUAGUGGAGUGAGGAUAUACCACGGGUUUCAAGACACCGCCGGGUAAAACGGGUGAAACUGCAGGAUAUCAGCUCGAACCGCUGGGUAUCACACGCACCCUUGUCGGACAAACUGGAUGCGACGGUCAUAGGCAGAUAUGACCCGUAAAGCUGAUUGAAGGGACUUUUUCUUUGUUUGAGAGUCUAUCGUUCCUGUUAAGGACCGGUCCUGUCUGUUAGGAUGAUACUCUACAGGUUGCUCUUGAUGGGACCAUUUUGUCGCAACAGCAGUACUAUACUCUAGGCAUCAUGUUCGACUGACAUCAAACACUCCAACAGAAGGGACGCCUGUUCCUUUUGACCCUAACUCGGCUCAUUGCAUCCAACUACUGUGGUCGAAGUUUUUUGCAAAAUGCGCUGUUGUCUAGACAUGCCUCUUCAAUGCCGUUUCGACCCAGGGCUUGUUGGUCUCGACCGCAUAGCUCCUUCGUACGCCGAGAGGGUGGUUCGCGUGCUAGAACCAGGAUCUGCGGAGUUCUCGAGAUGUCUACCCGUGGUCUUGGUACCUUCUCUCGUCCGGUGGAUUCAUUUCUCGCUGGCGGCGAGCUUAACGGGGUCAUCAGCGUCUCUGCCCGAAGCGGUGGUGACGGCAGCAAAGGCUGCGGCGAGACAUGCGGCUGGGCGGGUUUCGAAAGACUACGCAUUUUCACGAUUUCCCGCGGGGGGGAGGCCUAGCGGGUCGAGGCUCCGAGCGG